AUGGCUUUACAGGACCUGUGCAAUUUCCAGGACUUCUUUCUGGACAGUAUAACCACCGAAUGUUCUUCAGUGCCUUUUGGAAAGAAGACUGGCUGUAACUAUGUGACUGGUUUGCCCUUUAGCAGCAGUACAAGUCUGUUUAAUUUUUACAUACCUGUUGCAGAAUACCUGGAUGAAAGUCCGAUACAGUUUGGGCAAAUCAGCACCGUCCAAAGCUCCGGCACCUUCUCAGCUCAAGACUCAAUCUCACCAUCGCUCUCCUGGCCCACAAGCCUUCCUUUGGCCUCCUCUCAGUCGGUCCCGCUGCCUUUUCCCAUGGCUCACGGCACCACCACCCUGGCUUUCAUGUUUCAGGGUGGUGUGCUGGCUGCAGCAGACACUCGUUCCAGUUGCUCUGGGCUCGUGGCGUGCCCAGCCUCCCAGAAGAUCCUGCCCAUUCACAGUCACUUGGUGGGUACUACUUCGGGUACGUCAGCCGAUUGUGCCCUUUGGAAACGGAUUCUGUCUCGCGAACUGCGGCUCUAUCAACUCCGCCACGGCCGACGGUUGUCCACAAGAGGAGCUGCCAAAUUGCUCUCCCACAUGCUUCAUCCGUUUAAGGGAACUGAGCUGUGUGUGGCUGCCACGUUGUGUGGGUGGGACGGAGGAGAGGUAGAUGCGUACCAUGACCAGGGAUGUGAUCUCAGCAGUCGUAGAGAAACAACAAAGAGUCAAAUGACUGAUCCUGCAGAGUCUAUAGAUGCCAGCCUGGAAAAGGUGUCUCUGGCUGAGACAAAGAAUCAGAGCUCUUCUUCAGCUGUUCUUGGUCAACAGCUUUCUGCAACAAAGAAAGUGAGUCUCUCUGGACCCAGUCUGGUCUAUGUGUGCAGUGAUGGCACUCGCCUGCAGGGAACGCUCUUCUCUGUGGGCUCGGGAUCACCCUACGCCUACUCGAUUUUAGACCAAGGGGUUCAAUGGGGACUGACAGUGGACGAGGCCACAUCAAUAGCCAGAGAGGCUGUGUACCGAGCCACACACAGGGACGCAUACUCAGGAAACUGUGUAGACAUCUAUCACAUCUCCUCCAAAGGAUGGACUCGCAGGAGCAGGGAGGAUUUAAAAGAGGAAUAUUACAGAGAAAAAGAAAGACAAGAGAGAAGGGAGAGACGGGAUAUGACUUUGUCUGAGUAA